AGCCCCGCGGUUCGCCAGCGCGCCCACCCGCCAGCCUGCGCUGUCUGCGCCGCCCGCGGCGGAAGCCGGGUCCCCGCCCCCCGGGGCAGCCCUGGAGCCGCGGUUGCCGGCGCCGGCCGGUUCCCUGGGAGACCAUGUUUGCGGGGCUGGGAGCGGACAGGCAUCCGGUGCCGGAGUUUUACUCCGGGAGAAGGCGGUGGGACCGGCCGACCGCUUCCCUGCGGGAGCAGUUGGGAUUGCGACUGGGGAUGUGGUACUGGAAAGAUGAAACCAGAACUCUUGAAUUCAGAGGUUUUACACCUGCAGUGGAACUCAAGGAGAAAGGAAAGAAAGGCAAAGCAAUACACUUUGCUGAAACUGACGGUCCCGCUUCAGACAGAUUGACAGAUAAAAAGUUUGUUUCAAGAGAGGAUAAGUCACCUAAAGCCUUAGAGAAACGAGGUCAGCAGGGCAACGUGACACUACAUGAUGCUAAAUUUGUUGCUUUGUUUUUGCUGCAAGAUACUGAGAUGCAGCGGAUCUCUUCUUUUACAACAUUUAUGAGGAAUAAAAAUCUUGACAAUUUCCUCAUGGCAUUGUUGUACUAUUUAUCUCAUUACUUGGAAAAAAUCUCCCUGGAAAAGAAACCCAAAAGCUAUAUGGUGGGCCUUGUGGAGAAAAAAGAGAUGGAACUGGUUAUAAGUAAAUUAGAGGCGGCGCAGAAGUACUUGGCCCAGAAGUACUGCAUGCUCGUGCUGGGCUUGGCCAUGCCUGAUAAGCAUCACAUGUGCUGCGAAAAGGAGAAAAUAUCAGAUACACAAAAAGAAUGGAAAUUCUUUGAGUCCUUUUAUACUUUCUGUACAUACGUAGCUUGGAUUGUCUUCUGACGUCAAGACUUCACAGAGAUUGAGGAAGAAAUAGGGAGGCUCUUUCGUACCAAUAUAUUCAACAUUCCUCGGAGGAAGCGUGAGGAUGAAGAAUCAGGAGGGGGAAAGAAACGCAUAACUUUUGUACAAUUCAGGAGAAUGAUGGCAAAACGUCCAGCGAUUAAAAAAGCCAUUAACAUGCGCUCUCCAGUCCUGUCUACUCUGCUGCCAUCUCUCAGAGAAAAAGCUCAGAAUGUCUUUGAGAAAAAGAAUCAUCAAGGAGGCAUCACACUCCCAGCCCAGAUACAAGAGCACACGGAAAAUCUGGAGUCUGUGCCCAUGCCAACAGUUGGCAUCUUGGGGGAGCCUCGAUGUCUGUUCAACCCCCAUACCCUUCUCCCCCUUGAACCAGAAGAAAACACGAAAGCGGAUGGGAAACAUUCUUCCCUGAUAGAAAGAAAUAACAUGAAGAUCCAGGAUACACUGAACAUAGCUCUGAGAACACUGUCGUCUCAAACAGCAUUCCCUAAAUGAUCGGGUACCUUCCAUUUCUGUAAUUCAGUCCCCGUAUUUGAAGUAAACUACUUUGACUUAAUCACUUUAUAUAGGACUAAUAUUUAUUGUUAUCAAACAAUUUUAAUUGUUCAAAUUAUUUUGUUAAAAGUUCAGUAGUAGACAGUUAAUCUCAGAAACCUCUUGAAAAGCUCAUUUUCCUAUAUUUACUAGUUUGCUGUGUUAUUUAUUUACUUCCUUGGCUUCUGUGUGACUGUUUAGAGUAACAUAUUAGGACAUUUAGCCAGUAUUCUAGUGGACUAGUAAAGAAACAUUCUGUGUUUAUUUGUUCCUACGUUCAUUUUUACUACAUGAGAGAUGAUGUUUGGGACAUUUGAAAACUAAAUUUUAUAAAAAAGGAAAUUAAAAUAUUUUUAAAA